AUGGCGGUUUCCGUCGCUUCCUUCAAAGCUGCCAUGGCACGAGUCAGUACCCAAGCAAUGAUCUUGACUGCAGGGUGCAAGUCGCCAAAAGACGUUUUCCACGGUAUGACGCUCUCGUCAGUAUGUUCGCUUUCAGUGCACCCGAAGCCACUCCUACAAUUCAAUUUGCAUUUGCCCAGCUACACCUCAAAGGCGCUUCACGAAAACCACGGGCAAUUGUGUUUGCACUUGAUGCCGCCAACGAGCCGAUCGGUGUUUUUGAGCAGGACUUUUGCGGCUGGAAUCAAGACAGACAAAAAACACUUCAAGGUGAAGCCUGAGGACGGAGAGAUCUUUCAUGAGAUGACAACUCCAUUUGCACACAUCGACGCUGGCAGCUAUCGCUUGCACGAUACAGGGAAAUCCCUUGUGCCUGUGUUGAACGAGCUGGAAAAGGCGUUUGUGUGUCAAAAGAAUCAGGUGUUCCAGGUGGAUAGCCACGAGAUAUGGGUGGUGGACGUUUUAGACAUACUAUCGCCCAACGUGCAAUACGAACAUAAACAACUGGGAGGGUUGCUUUACUUCCACAGAGGUUUCCACAGGGUGGGGCUGUCUUUGCAAGAGCAAUAG